UCACUUCUCUCUCAGGAAGAUGACAAACAGAAGGUUGCAGGUGGAAGAUAAAUUUUUAAGAGCUUACAGUUUAUUUAAAUAGUUAACUUAAUGAUUAGUCCAUGUGUUAAUUAAAUGGCAAAUUACGACAAGGUGAAAAUUUUGGUGGUGGGGGAUUCAGGGGUCGGGAAGACGUCCGCCGCUCAUCUCAUGGUGUACGGGAACCCCCUCCAAAAGCCCUCGUGGACAGUGGGGGUGGCCCUUGAGGUCAAACUGCACGAGUUCAAGGGUGGUACCCCUGCACAAAAAUCAUACUUUAUCGAAUUCUGGGACGUUGGAGGAUCCUCGGCCCAUCGCAACUCGCGACCUGUAUUUUACCACGGGGUCAACGGGAUCAUCCUCGUCCACGACUUGUCAAACAGGAAAUCGAAAGCAAAUUUGAAUAAAUGGCUAAUCGAAAUUUUUACUCCCGUUGAUCCUUCAGGAUCAUCAACAUUAGAACCAUCCUCGGUAGAAUUUGACCCAGAACAGUUCAUGGGGUCGAGUCAUCCCCCAAUUUUAGUAGUGGGGACAAAACUAGAUAAUUAUUCAGGAAACGGUACCGUCGAGGAGGGAAGUUUGCCGACAAGGACGCCCACGCCAAGACCUUCGUCAAUCGCUCAAGAAUGUGGGGCAGAGGAAAUUUUUUUGAACUGUUUGGACCCGAAGUCGCUGGCACCGGGAUCAACAGCGUCGGUAAAGUUGACAAGAUUUUUUGAUCGUGUGAUUGAUCGCAGAUUUCAUAAAGAGAAUCCAAGUGGAUUGUAUGAUAGGAGAAAGUUAUAUCCGACUAGUACGAAUAAUAGGAUGUUUCAAGGCAUGUAAAAUAAUUAAUUUUAAUUCAAAAAUGUUAUUGGAAAUUUUUUAAGUUUUUACAAAGAGUUUAGAAUACACACUAAAUUAUAUAAAUGUAGCAUAUAUAAAUUAAGUCAUAUUUUUGUGAUAAUAAGAAAGAUCAAUUGAAAA